UUACAUUGACCAGCUUUCGAUGCAGAGUCCCGUCUAUAGAUAUUUAUCAUUAUCGAUCUGUACUCCUAACCUCUACACUUAGUUCUAUUGUAAUGAAGACGAAACCAUUAAUAAUUCAGUUCUUUCGUUCUUUUUUUUUUUUGCCGCCGUUUCACCUCCUCGCUCAAAAUGUUAUCGAGCUCCUUCGACAUUUCUUGCUCUAGACAACUAUAUACAUUUUGCGUUCUCAAUGAUUACUUUAAAGCUGCUAUCAUUUGGAGCCGUACAGUCUGGCCGCUGCCACAGGGCAAUUUACGAAGCACUUCGUUAGUUUAUAGAAGCAUCAAGCCGGUUACGUUCCUGCGGAAAUCUCUUUGCUGAGAUUUCAUCACAUGCUCUUUCAAUCACUAUUUUUUUAAGUGACAUAUACGCUGUCGUAAACAAGUAUAGUAUUUUGCUUGUUCAUAAAUCUUGUUGCUUACAAAUACUCAUUUCAAGUACCGCUGGUGUGGCCAACCCUCUCGUGAGUAUGUGCCCCGUGUUGAAAAGGAAUGGACAUCGACAUCAGCAGCUCGCGCCUGCCUGUUCCCGUUCGUUGGGGCCACGCGUCCGCCGCCCAUCCCAGGGAGACAUGGCCAAGAAAGCCUCGACGGGUUCCCUGGACCGGUCGGACCUCGUCGACUUCGUCGUCGACGAUCGGACGGCCGAUGAGACCAGGGCCAUCUACAACAGCUGGGCGAACAAUUACGAGGAGGACAUGGCACUGCAGAAGUACAAGGCUCCGAGCAUCAUGGCUCACUUCAUCAGCCAGGAACUGCAGGUCAAGAAGGAUGCCCUUAUUUUGGACGUCGGAAGUGGAACCGGACUGCUCGGGGUGCAGCUGAAGAACCUCGGCUACAGCUACAUGGACGCCCUGGACUACAGCGAGGAGAUGAUGAGCGAAGCGAAGAAGAAGAGUCUCUACCAGCGCCACUUCCUCGAGAAGGUCUCCAAGAACAAGAAGCUCUCACUCAGGGACGGUGAGUACGACGUUGUGGCCCUGUGCGGUUGCCUCAUGCCCGGCCACAUCAUGCCGGACGCUCUUCCUGAGGUAGCUAGGCUCCUAAAGCCCAACGGCCGCCUGAUGUGGGUUCACCGCACGCUGGACUACUACGAGAGCAAGUCGGAGCAGUUCCUGGAGACGCGCUUCACGGGCACCCUGCAGGCGCUGUGUCGCCAGUUCCGCAUGGAGAUCGUCGUCCGCAAGAAGGUCCAGGAGUACCGGCUCAAGUGCGACGGCCAGAUCUUCGCUCUCAAGAAGAAGUGAAGACGUGCAGUGCCAUGGGUCCUCCUCCUCUCCUGUUGCGCUUACUCUCCCCCGUGCCGGGAAAGGAGGAACGGGCUCGUUCGCAGGAUUCGACGACGCUCUUGCAUGCGGGGCAAGCCAAGCCGGCAUCUGCUUCUAGCACGAAAUUAAAUUUACGCAUUGUGCGG